AAUUUACCUUUGAAAGAAAAGCCCGGUUAUAAACUCAACCAGUGAUCGUUAAGUUAAGCUUGUACAAAUUACCUGAAUAAGUGUUCCAAAAAUGGUCAAACAAGUGGCAUCCGUCUUUUUGGCAAUCCUUGCUGCAACCAACGCCCAACUUUACUGCUAUUACUGCAACGAUUGCACCACCCAGCAACCAAUAGUAGCGGCCUGUCAAACGACAUCGGUCAACAAUCCGAUCCUGACGCCACCCCCGGUGGUCACAAGCAAUCCUUGGAAUCCGAUCAACCCCUGGGAUCCGAUCAUAACACCGCCCGGAAGUGGUGGCAUCAUCGGAGGCAACCCUUGGGAUCCUAUCAUCACGCCCACCCCUCCCGGAUCGGGUGUUAUCGGAGGCGGAGGAAUAGGACCCACCAGUCCCCCGUUUACUACUUGGUAUCCAUGGCCGUUGGUUAGAGCUAAUCUAGUUGAGGCUGAACCAUCCGAAGAUGAUCACGAGCCGGAAGCUCAGGCCAGUCAGCUUGACGUGAACGAACAGGAGAGACCAUCCGCGCGAAACACUUUUGCCUGUCUAGCUGUCAGAUCUUACGCUACCGGUCGGGAAGUAGUUCGUCGAGGUUGCGUCCAAAUGCUUACCAGUGACACCGAUCUUUGCUAUCGGGCUGCUGGAGGGGUCUAUGCGAGCUGUUCCAUCUGUACCAACUAUCUUUGCAACGCGGGAAUCCUUUAAUCGGUACCCACCAUCAUAAUGUUAUUCCCUUAAGGUCAUCUGUUACGACAAGUCUGAUUACACUGUUUGGCUCUUCAACUCACUACUUAU